AUGCGCAUCUUCCGAGAGAUGCGCAAACUCGACGUGCUCCACAUAAACGAAUCCUGGGGAGCCUGGAUUGCAAUCCGCUAUCCCGAUAUUCGCGACGUUGUCGUUGCUGAAUUUGCGGUAACACAGACUGGUCGUUUGACGUCUACCCCUGGACAACCCAUGGAAGACGGCGGGGCGAUGAAGCUUCAGAUCCACAAGGCGCUCCCGCAGUGGCAAGGCCACCAGACCCUCUGCCUCCUCCUCGCCGUCGCCCUCUUCCUCACCGUGAUAUACCUCCGCGAGUCGUUGAUUUCCAUCGCCCUAGAGGCCCAGGGCCCGAUAUUCUGGCGCCGCCCGCCCACUGCGGAUUUUUCGCGAGCAGACGGCCUGUUCGAGGAUAAGCGCAGAGGGCGACAUCCGGUCAUCGAGCUUAUCGAGCGGGCGGAGAGGGAGUGGGAGGGAAAGCAUGAGCGGGCGAGCAAGACCCUGAGCGAGGCCGUCGCUGAGUAUAAACGCCGGUAUAAACGCUUGCCGCCUAAGGGAUUCGACGAUUGGUGGCAGUACGUCCAGGACAACGACGUCAAACUUCCUGAUGAGUAUGAUUCUAUUUACGAAGACUUGGAACCGUUCUGGGGAAUACGCCCGCGCGACCUUCUGCAGAUACAGGCAGCGCAAGAGAACAUCCCGGACGCCUACAUUAUCGCCAAAGAGCCCAACGCGUCGAUAGGAAUCGCCAAUGUCGUGCGCUCUCGCAUCAAUCCGAUGCCCAUGGAGGCUUUGAUUAGCGGGUACCAAGGCCUCUUCAAUAUCCUGAAGCCUGUCGAACAUAUGCUCCCGCCCUUUCGCAUUCCUGUCUCGCCGCACGACAGCCCGAACUUAGUAUCAGACUACGACGUCAAGACUGCCGCACUGAAUGCUGCUGCUGCUAGGAAAUACGUAAACCUCGCCAUCUCUCCGAAGAUGCCACGGCUGGGCUUUGCCUCUGCCUGCCCUCCAGACUCGCCCGCGCGCAAAGGCAAGAUCAUCGACCAAGCCAAGCGGCCGCCUCCGCGCAAAGAAAAGACCUUCAUCUACGACCACCGCCGCGCGAUGGACCCCUGCCACAGCCCGCACCUCUUCUUCUCGCACGCGCAGUUCCUGCCCUACCCCCCGACGACGCCCCACGCGCAGUCCCUCAUGUCCGCGCAGGCGACGUACUGCAACACGAUGGUCCACCACAACAUCCAGCUCCCGAGCCUCAUCUCGUGGGUAGACGACAUCCACCCGCGCGAGAACGACCCGCCGUGGGCGAACAAGACGGACGAACGCAUGUUCUGGCGCGGGAGCAACACGGGGCUGACGUUCAGCGCGGAGACGCUGUGGCGCUACUCGCAGCGCCCGCAGCUCGUGAAGCUGGCGAACGAUAUGGAGGGCGCGGUGCGGCUGAGGGUGCCGACGGGGAAUGACCACCCGCAGAGCGAAUCGCCGCCGUAUGAGCUUGUGGACGUGCCGAGGAGGCACUUGAAUACGGCGUUCUUUGAUGUCAAGUUUGCGGGCAGCCCGAUUGCGUGUGCGCCCGAGUACUGCGAGCUUUUGGAGCACGAGUUCGAGUGGAAGCCGCAUGUGCCAUUUAACGACCCAGGCGUUGGGGCGCAUAAAUAUUUUAUCGACGUGGACGGCAACGGCUGGUCGAGUCGGUUCAAGCGGCUGAUCACGACAAACUCCCUUGUGUUCAAAGCAACAAUCUACCCCGAAUGGUGGCUCGAGCGUAUUCAGCCGUGGGUGCACUACGUCCCCAUCCAAGUCGACCUCUCGGACCUCUACGACAUCUUCGCGUUCUUUCGCGGCGGUAUGUACGGCAAGGGGAACCACGACGAGAUGGCGCGGAAGAUGGCGGAGGCGGGGAGGGAAUGGAGCAGGACGUAUUGGAGGAAGGAGGAUAUGACUGCGUAUCUUUUUAGGUUGUUGCUCGAGUAUGGGAGGGUUAUGAGUCUCGACCGAGAAGCUAUGACGUACCAGCCGGAAUAA